GACAGACAUUUUGUGGACAUUCUUUGAAUCGUAUAACCUUCAAAGAUGAUUAAUAACAUGUGUUGGUGUUUGUUUAGCGGGUACAGUGGUGAAUCAGUCGCCCUGGUAAUAUUUGCGCGUGCGCUGAGCGGCCGCCUGCGUUUAGCUGAAAGAGUGGGUCGUCCUCGCGAACACAGACGAUCUUCGCCGAGUCCGUGUACAAGGUGGGGCGCACACUCUGCUGGAGAACUUGUAAAAGUUGUGCGUGAAGCGGAUUUCUGAGUGAACGGCAGGAAAACACCUAAGCAGGUCAUCAGAACUCAAGAGCAGAGCUGUGAGCCACCUGACCUAGACCAGAGUCAUGGCCUCUGGUAAGAACAAAAACCAGAGCUCUCUGGUUCUCCACAAGGUGAUCAUGGUGGGCAGCGGCGGUGUAGGGAAGUCAGCCCUAACCCUGCAGUUCAUGUAUGACGAGUUCGUGGAGGACUACGAGCCCACCAAAGCCGACAGCUACAGGAAGAAGGUGGUGCUGGACGGCGAGGACGUGCAGAUUGACAUUUUGGACACGGCGGGUCAAGAAGACUACGCAGCCAUCAGGGAUAACUAUUUCCGCAGUGGCGAGGGCUUCCUGCUCGUCUUCUCCAUCACAGAGCACGAGUCAUUCACAGCAACGUCGGAGUUCAGGGAGCAGAUCCUGCGGGUGAAAGAAGAGGAGGCCAUCCCUCUCCUUCUGGUGGGGAACAAGUCAGAUCUGGAGGAUCGGCGGCAGGUUUCUGCUGAAGAGGCCACGGCAAAGGCAAGCGAGUGGGGCGUCCAAUAUGUGGAGACCUCAGCCAAGACGAGAGCCAAUGUGGACAAGGUGUUCUUUGACCUCAUGAGGGAGGUCCGCAAGAAGAAAAUGUCUGAGAGCAAAGACAAUGGGCCGAGUGGCAAGAAGAAGAAGAAGCACUGCUGCGUACUCUGAGCUCAGCGGCAAAGCGACGGUGUGCCAAAAACCAAAGAAAAGGAAAAAUUCUCUGAGAGAGACUGAAGCAGCUUCAGAUGAGCAGCUGCAAAGGCACUCGAUGCGUUCACUCCUCACUUGCCAAACACAGAGCACAACACUCUUAUUUCUCUUCUUCUUUGGCGUCUGCUUGUUCUCCACAUGAUACUACUUACUCUUUGUGCACAGCUGUAAAUGGCCCAAAGUAUGUGGACACGUCUGCUAUAUGUCGGGCAUUAACGUGCUGCUAAUGUCAGCAUCCGAGGGCUGUGGGGCAGAUUGAAAUCGUGCUUUAUCUACACAACAAUCAGAUUACUUUAAAUCUCCUCACUGCCAGCUGUGUCCACAAACAUAUGGCACAUGUAGAAGACCACAAGUAUUUUUUUUUUUUUUUCAAUAACAGAAGCAGGUCCGUCAAUUGUUUGUAAAACUGGAGUUCACAGGAAGCACACAGUCUUUUUAUGUGGAGAACAAACAGGUCCGUACACUUCAGAGUGCUGUUCUUUCUCUCAAAUCUGAAUUUUGUUACUUAAACUGUGUUCUGUACUCCCACUUGUUUUAAAACCUAAUUUUUCUCGUUAUUUAGCUCCUUUGUAUGUCUGUUUUCAGUAUUACAGUAUCAGACAUUCCUCAUAUCUGAUUAUACCACUUCCAGACACUCCUUUUGUAAUAAGCUUUCACUUCCUUUAUGAAUAAAGUCAUAAUUUAUAAUCAAAGUUUCAAAGGGAAUCAGCUCUUUAAAUCAUUGUAUCAUCUGCAUAUACUCUAAUUAAUUACACGUUUAGCUCGAUUAAAGCUGGAAUGUGUUUGUUGCUGUCGGCUUGUAGAUAAACUCUUCUUAAUGUGAUAAUAAAACAAAUAAUAAAAUUUA